AUGGGAAGGGGCAGGAUUAAAAAUCCAAGGCCGAUACCCAUCAUACUUCUCGGGUAUAAAAACCUGAAAACCCUAGAUUUCUAUUUCUUUCGUCUUCUCCGUCCGCACUCCGCAGCCUACAAUGAAAUCCUUGGGAAAGGUGCUUCAAAGACAGUGUAUAAAGGGUUUGAUGAGUAUGAAGGGAUUGAAGUUGCUUGGAAUCAAGUCAAGGCGAGUUUAUUUUACAAGCUGGGGAAGUUGACAACAGGGAGGAGAAAAUUAAGAGUAACUAUGUUUCCUGGACUUGUUGAUCAGUCUUUUAUUGUUGCUCUUAUUGUUAUAUUUUUCGACUGAUUUAUAGGAUUUUUCGCCAUGGUAGAUAGAUCGGAAAGUGAAAUAACAAAUAUGUAUAACAAUUGGCAUGAAUUGAGUUGUAGAAAAUUUCAUUAGAUUUGUCUAUCUAGAAUGACCAAUUAUCUCAUAUCAUUUUUUAUGCCUAAUUAGUAUGUUUUUCAGAAAC